CUUUAUUGUAUUACAAAAAAAUUAAUUUUUUAUGCCUAAUCGUUGACAUUAAAUUAGUUGAACUUGCUUUGUAUAUGAACAUUUUGUCUGACACUCCGAGAAAUUUAUUAAAAUCAUGAGUGAUUAAGUGACUAACGUUUUAAAUGAUAGAAUUCUAUUAGAAUGGUGUUAAAUCCUUAUUGAAAGUCAGGCUGGUCUUGACCUUCUAACUACAUACCCGACGCCGGGCGGGUACAUAUAACACCUCAUACUCCUUAUUUCUCUCUCUUUCUCUCUCUGUAUCUAGUUGUCCCCCCUCUCUCUCUCUUACACGUUCCCUGGACAGCUUCCGACGUGAACUGGCGAGAUUUCGCAAGAGACUUAACAUUUUUUUGAGUUUGCUGCCAUGGCGGAUGAUAAUAAGGCAACUGCCUGUGCAAGAAGGAACCAACAAUUGAAACGUUGGGCGGACUCUGAUACAAAUAGGGAAUCGAUUGGCGUUCGAGACCGACCUAAAAGAGUUAAUUUUCAGGAUGGUUGUGUCUUUUUAGCAGCAUGUUCUAGUGGAGAUAAAGACGAAGUGAUAAAACUGUUGGCUCGAGGAGCAGAUAUUAACACCGCCAAUGUGGAUGGGCUUACCGCUCUACACCAGGCAUGUAUUGAUGACAAAAUUGACAUGGUGAAGUUUCUUGUUGAUAAUGGUGCUGAUGUUGAUGUCUGUGAUAAUGAAGGUUGGACACCUCUUCAUGCUACAGCUUCAUGUGGCUUUACUGACAUAGCACAAUAUCUUAUCAGCACCUGUGCCAAUAUAGCUGCUGUUAACAAUGAUGGCGAUCUUCCUCUUGAUAUAUGUGAAGACGCCAAAAUGGAAAAGUUGCUUCAAGAAGAAAUGAAUCGCCAAGGUGUGGAUGCUGAAGCAGCACGACGAGAAGAGGAAGAAAUGAUGCUUUCUGAUGCUAACCAAUGGUUAAAUUCCAAUUGUGUGACAGAGCGGCCUCAUGCAAAAACAGGUGCUGUUGCUCUUCAUGUAGCAGCAGCAAAGGGCUAUAUCAAAGUUAUGCAUUUAUUAAUCCAAGCAAAAGCUAAUGUAAAUAUCAAAGACUCAGAUGGUUGGACUCCUCUUCAUGCAGCAGCUCACUGGGGCCAGGAUAGAGCUUGCAAAAUAUUAGCUGAAAAUUUCUGUGAUAUGGACUCAAAAAACAAUGCAGGGCAAACUGCCUUUGAUGUUGCUGAUACUGAACUUCUUUCUUUACUUGAAGAACUCAAAAAGAAACAAGCUAUGCUUAGAGAUAAAACACCCGUACACAAAGAUAUUAUUGUUGCUAGAGGAAUUCCUCCGAAACGAAGAACAUCUGUUACACGAAUGAGUGGAGAUCAAAAGCACAAUGUUGUCCUACAAACAUUAGAACAAGAAAAGGCACAACUUAACAACUACAGAAAAGAUGAGGAAGCCAAAAAGAGUAGUUCAAGUUCAACAAAUGAUGACUCCAGUUCUGAGUCAGAGACAGAACGUCAGAAUCUAAUUAACAAGAACACAUCCAUCCCCCAUACGGAGGAAGAUAAUGCAGCUCUAGCUUCUGACACAACAAAUUCUCAGACUGAAUUCUUAUAUGAUGAUGUAUUUGAAGAACAUGUCUCUGAGACAAAUCCUGACUCUGAGUAUAUUAAUGAUAAUGUCACAUUCACUCUACCUACCGAUGAAACAGAGGUUCAAUUUGAUGAAAUGGAUGUGCCUUCUUCACCAAGUGGUACACAACCUUCCCUGGCAAGCACUCCCUCUGUCAUUGGAUCCCAAAGCAAGACCUCCACAGUCCAAUCCACGAAACCAGAAUUACGUAAAUUUGGCAGUACUAGUACGGUUCCUAAUGAGACUAAUGAACAUGAUGCUGAUGUUAUUCCUCGCUCAGCUUCCACUCCUCGACUUGCAUGUGAUGAUGAUUCUAUUAAUAAGCCAGACUCCCAGCAAACUCCAAGCAGUGUCUCAUCAGGAAAUGUCACUGCUGAGUUUACAGUGACUGCACCCCUAGAACAGCCAACAGAUGACAGAUUAUCCAGCCGCUCGUCCAGCUAUAGCCGGUUCUCUAGUCCCUAUAGCUCCUUUACCAGACAUUAUGUGCCUUACUAUCACAGACUUGCAGAAAAACGUACUGAAAAGCUGAAGAACUCCACUGUAGCCACAACAGCGACCAUAACAACACCGACUUCAACUACUGCACCAAGCAUCAGCAGAAGUUCCCUGGUAAUAGGAGAUAGUUUUGGUGUUAAGAAAAAUGCUGAAUCAACUGAUACCGAUACAAAAGUGACAUCAUCGCUGCCUUCUCCUAGCAUUACUGUAACCAUUGCUAGCACUACUCCUACAAACACUCAAGCUAAUACUUCAACAACCACUACUUCAGUUUCAAUUUCCACACCUACUACAACUACAACAACAAGCAUCACAACGGAUAUAUCAAGACCAUCAUCGACAACUAAAAGAACGUUCGAACCUCCAAAACGAGAUGAGGAGACUGAAACUCAGAGAAAAGCUCGAGCUAGGAAGGCCAGGGAGACCCGUCGUUCAACACAGGGUAUCUCAACAGAAGAUAUUGCUAGAGCAAAGGCUCUGAAGCAAACUGGAACUGAAGAAAAAGAAAACAAAGAAAAAGAACAAGAAUGUGAUAAGGACUCUGACAAAAAUGAUCUUGCUAAGGACCGAUUAUCAAGUGAGAUCAGUAAGGAUGGCUUACUAGACACAACUGUUGCAAGUGAUGAAGUGAACUUGAGAAGUCAUCGAACAUUGGAAGAACGGAGCCAUAGCAACCAAGCGCCAUAUCGAAGACCAAGGGAGUCAGAAUUAUCAACCAGCAGCACACCUAAUAUAUAUUCAAUAGAUUCAUAUUCUCAUGGUCAGCAUAACCAAAGAAAUGUUCUACUAAGUGUAUCUGAUAUUAGUAACACAGGAAAUUCUACUGUUGGUUUCAACAGAACAUCUUCAUUUCGAAACCGAUUUCGAAAUGAAGAGUCAGAAAAGAAGAAAGAAGAAGAAACAAAAGACCCAAGUAAAGAAACGAAAGCUGAUAAAGAAAAAGAUUCAGAGAGAAGAGAAUCGUCCGCCUUGAAAGCCCGCCGAGCCAAGCGGGAAAGAAGAUCAACAGGAGUUAUUAAUUACAAUCUAAAGAGUGAUGAGGAGUCCAAUUCUGUAUCAAAGGAAGAGAAUGAAAGUGAUGACAGCACAAGCCUUAACAGUCGAAUAAACAGUGGUACUAGCAGCCGGUGCGUGUCAACAUCCGACAUCCCUCCGUCCAUCACAGACCGCCACAGUCGCUCCGAUCGACCAAGUUCUUAUGCUGGUUUGAGUAAAUCAACACCUUCAUUAGACAUAGAUUACAAAAAACUUUAUGAAAAUGAAAAAGACGACACAAAUAGGUUAAAGAAAGAGCUUGAUACGAGCAAACGGGAACUUUCGGCGAUGAAAUUAGAACUGGAAAGGUUUCGAAGAUUACAUGAAGGUAGUUCAAUUGAGUCAAACCAACAGAAAAGGGAAAAACGGGCUUUGGAGAGGAAAUUGUCUGAACUUGAGUCUGCAAUGGUCGAAAUGGACAACUUGCGAUCUAUAAAUGCACGACUGAAAGAAGAGAAUGGAGCUUUAAUAAGAGUGGUCAGCAAACUCUCCAAGUAGUCAGAACUGCUUUAUUAUUACAUUUUAUACACAUACACACACAUAUUACUUAUGCCUCUUCUCGUUCUUGUUCUCCUCCCACUUCUCUGUUUACUUACUACAAUUUCUCCCAUUACUUUAAUUCAUCUUUUUUUCCUUUUCAUUACUCCAUCAUCAUCAUCUUCAUCAUCAUCAUGCUCAUUAUCAUCACCAUGUACAUCAUAGCCAGGUUCCCCCAACUCCACACAGUUACGUCAAAAUUUAAACUUUCUGCUUACACUGGAAGUUCAGUUGAAAUCUGAUUCUGUUCUUGUCUUCCAAACUACAGUUCUUGCAUAUAACCGCCAUGCCAACCUUGUUGCAGCUGCUUGGCUCUUGUUGAGUACCUAUUUGCAUGCCAGCAUACACAACUAUGUAGAUAUAAGUAAUGGUUAAAGAUCAACUUAAACUAUAGUUUUGAAGGUGAUGUUUGUCUAGCUUAUAUUGAGGAAUGAGUUCUUUUCAUAUCUCCUGAAAGCUGCCUCCAAAAUUGUAAACCAUUUUAUAUAACCUUUUACUGUUUCUUUAAGUAUUAUUGCACAUUUGACACCUGUUUUUUUUUUUUUUUUUGCUUCAAUAUACCUUUCUCUCUCUGUCCCUCUCCUCUAUCCUUUUUCUCUUUUAUUCUUUCGUUUUCCUCAUAUUCUGCGAAUUUUAGUGUCGAGUAAAUGUGGUGUGUUGUUUCACACAGGCAGAAAUAAUAAUUGAUGAAGGAGCUAUGAACUGUCCAUUUACUCUAUUCCACUCUAUAUUCUUUCUGCUGUCCAUUUGUUUUUUCCUAUUAAUAACUGUCUUAUUUUUGAUUUUUUAAAAUUUGUUUUAAUACUUUUAUCAUCUUCUCUAUUUUAUUCAUCACUAUAACACUUGUUGGUUAUUAUUACUGUUAUUAUUCCACUCCAUUCCUCAUAUUGAUUCUUCUGUUGUGAAAGGUGGGACCUACUACCUAUGCAAUAUGAAGAGUUAGAAGUAUAAAGUCUUAGGCCAUCUUCUAUAAUGUCCAUUGUGAUGUAAAUAGAGCUUGCUAUCAUUCUUGGACAUGCUAUCAAUUUUUGUUUCUGAAACCUCUUCAUUUGAUUCUUAAUUAUGUUCAUAUAAUUGUAAACUACCUGCAGUGAAUUAUUUUAUCAAACCCAACAUCCCAAAAUAAAAGGCAUAGAUUUUCAUGUCUGAUCCUUUUAUUGUUGUUAAUUUUUCUUCUUAGAUAUUGAGUGAAAAUGAUGGAAAGCAUGUAGCUUGCCAACUUUUUGGAACUAAUACAGGGAAAACUUUUUUUUCGUUUUCUUUUUUAAAUUUCUUAUCAGCUAGAAUGUUUUAUUUUGAAAUAAUUUGAAGGAAAGGCAAUUCCAACUUUUUAAAGAUCAAUUUGAUACGAUGUGAAAUAAUAAGAGAAAAAAUUUAUAUUUGUCUUUUAGUUCAAGCCUACUUUUUUCAUUUCAGAAUGUACUUCACUUCUGUCUGUAUUUAUGUGUGUGUAAAAUGUAUAUAAUCUGCACAUACACAUAUACAGCUUGGUAUUAGGCUUAAAUUUACUCCUAGAAUAUUUAGAUGGUAGAGGGGAAAAAUCUAUAUUAAUUCUUUAUAUAGUUUUUGACUAAUUUUAGACUUUUAAUCUUGUUUAAAGAAUACCAAAUGUUUUUCUUUUAUGACCUCACAUUUUAAUUUUCUGUAAAUUCAUUUUCUUUGUAUUUAGUAGGAAUCAUUGUGUGAAUGUUACUGAAGCAAAAGAAAGACGUUUGUACAUUACUGCAUAUACUCUGACAAGUUGUGGUGCACCUGAGCACUGUAUACAAUAAUUUCAUUAUUAUAAGGAAGUAGUUGACAAUCAUAUUUCAUGACCAGGUUUAGAAUAUACUGAAUUUCUCUCUUAAAUUGUGGUACUUAUAGGUUGUGUUUUUAUAAUAAGAAAUUAAGGCUAUUUCUUUCUUUUUUUUUUUUUUUUGUUAUCUUUCUCCUACUCAGCAAUAUUUUUUCCUGUUUUAAAAAAAUCAUUUUAGUAUUUUUAAUACACACACACACAGCAAGUAUGUAUUCUUUAUACAAAUAUUUAAAAAAUGCUUAAUUCACACUUGUGCAGAUGAGCAGUCAGCACUCUCUCUCUCUCUCUCUCUCUCUCUCUCUCUCACACACACACACACAUUAGUGUGUGUAGGGAACCAGAAAACCAACACAGUACUCUACAUUCUGGUGUUGUGGCCUUAUUCCUCACCUCUUCAUUAAUCUACUGAAGAAUGUAGACAUUAUGCCAAAAAGUUUAGACAGUAUGGAAACUUAGCAGAAUUGAUAUCUUCCUUUGGCUUCAUGCACUUGCAGGAACAAGCAUGUCUCUCAUGCAUAUAUAUAUAUAUAUAUACAUCAAAUUUUCUUUCAUUUUCUCAAAAGAAAAUUUGUUUAGAAUUUCUGUUUUCUAUUUAGUACUUAUUUUAUUUGAUGCUGGUGAGAUAUCAAAUGCCUACCAAACGACAGCCAAUCUCCUAGAGUACGCAUUGUAGAGUAAUGUAAUUGUUCAAGUAGCUCCAGUCUUGUUGGUUUUCAUUCUUGGUUUUAAUAAGAAAAAAAAAAGUUUUGAGAAUAUAGAUUACAAAGACAAGAACUUAUGUUGAGUGUGACCUGUAUUAUUUAGUACUAUUUUCUGGAUAUCAUAUAUGCUAGGUUUUUCUGGUAUUUUUACAAGGAUAUCAUUGGAGCACUAAGGGUCAUAAAGAAACUAGUCAGUCACAACUGGUAUUGUUUCUGUCUUCAGCUAUUACAUCCUGCUUGUUUCAAUUUCAAGGUCUUUAUACCAGGCAAGUUUAUCAUAUUCCUUGGUAAGUACAUUUUUUAACAAAUGGUAUUGUCAUAUAUAUAUAUAGUAGGCAGGUCUUGCUCCGGACGUCUUUAACAAUAAUGUCUGGGUGGUUGGCAUUAAUUUUGCAAUCACUAUAUACUGCUAAGUCCCUAGCGAUGGUAAUAUCAUUACUUUCUACUACUGGUUUAGUGUUCAGACCAGCUUUACGCAUAUUCAGUUCCAGUGAAUGUAUUGGGCCAUCUGUGUCAUGUCUGGUUUUAUAUUUGAUUGGAGCCAGCAUUAGGCAUCCAGCUACACUAUAGUCAAUUGUUUUGUCAUGGGCAUUACUGACUCUGCACAUGAGGGUCUGCUCCAUUUUUGAUGUUGGUUUGAUAAUUCAUAGUUUAUAGGGAGAAAGAAUGAAUCCCUCUGGCUUCAACCCUGAACUCUGCAGCCACUGAUAGGUUUUUGAUUGGUUUACAUUAGCUUCCUAGGUAUGGAGUGGGUAUAAGCCAUAGAGAGGCUUCAGCUGCCAUCUAUUUUCAAAAUUUUAAGUCUUUCUGUUUUUGCUUUCAUCCUAUGCAUUUUGACUAUCUUUUUUGGCAUUUGGUCAGCUUCGUUAGCCAUUUCUAUUUUUGCAGUGUGUAUCUCUACUCUAUUUCUGAGCUUCUUUGUUCACUGAAUGAAGCAUCUUCUGGGUUUCAUGUACUCUCACUCAUAUCAUCAUCCAGUCAUUGGUCUUGCUUAAGUACUUCUGCAGCCCAGCCUUAGCUCUCUUCUACCUUCUUUCCUUGACAGGUAGAGGCGGUCUAUAUCUAUCUUUGGAUGGUACAUUUUAUUGGUAGUUAUAUGUUUUUUGGUUUUUGUCUUCAUUCUUAGGUUUCAGUUGAUGACAUUGAAACCAUAUUAUACAAAAGGUACUGCUAAACUUUUAAUACCUUCUAUGCAAUUCUUGGAGCUCACUUUCCAGGACCUACCUUACUCUUCUGUAGCACUCCUUUUAACAUUGGCAGUUUCGGCUGGGAAAGUUCUUCAAAUUCCUUUCAAGGUAACACUGGAUGAUUUUGUUUCUUUGAUUGUGCAAAGAGUUGUCAUUCCUGUACUCUCUAUUCUAUGGAUGGUGAAUUGCAGCUCUAACACCAGAGCACCUCCUGACAGUUCUGCCAUUUUCAGCCAAUAAAUUGUGGGUAAUAUGUCUCAAGCAUCUCCCAUGUUUUAAUGAGUGAAAAUGAAUGAGAUUGCCAGAUUCAUCAUUCUUAUACAAGUUCUUUUGUUUUUAAAAGAAAACCAUCUGAUACCAUACAAUGUUUUUGAAUGGAGAUAGUUGGAAGACAUGUUGUAUCGAUGCCAUGUGGUGGAUUAAUAUCAGGUUAUUGGUGUAGGUAUGAUCUUACCAGAUGAAUCCAAAUUUUGCAGCACUGCUACAGAUAGUUGGUUUUCUUUCACUUCUUCAGUAGUACUCCUUUAUCCUUGGAAACUGGUCAAGGCCUUCACAGUCAUUCCAUAACACAAGGACAUUCUUUAGAUUGGUAUCUGUUUUGAGUUCUAACAACCACUCACUGAUAAUUAAAUUGACAGGCUGAGUCCUGAGUGAAAGAAGCAAUAUUAUUAUUAUUAUGAUACUUUGGGUCAAAAUAUUAGUGUCGCACAAAGUCUUAAGGUAUUUAGUUUUGAUCUUCAUAUUCUCAGUUCCAAACCUAUCAAGGUUAACUUUGCUUUUCAUUCUUCUAGGGGUUUGAUUAAAUGAUUACCAGUAAUAUCUCAAUCAACUUAUAUAUUACGUAAUCAAUAUAACUAUUUUUUUUUUAUUGUAGGAUGCUCUUACACUUUUUGUUUUCCUUUUCUAUCUCUUUCUCCCUCCCUUCCUUUACCUCUCUCUUUCCGUUUCUUAUUGUGUAUGUAUAGCUGCAGUCCAAGUUAGCAGGUUGGCUAAAGGUUAAACCGCAGUGUGUGCAUGCAAAUGUGUAAAAAAAUUGCAUCUUAAAUUUUGUUAAAAGUAUCCUUCUCUCAGGUUACUCAAUUCUCGAUUGUCACAUCUAGAUUGUAUCAUCUCGCAUGUUGGUUCUUUUUUUUUUUUUUUUAAAUUCUUUUGCCAUUUUUUAAAGUCUCUUAUUUUUUUUGUUUUGUUUUUCAAACUCUGACACCUAGUGUACAUAAUGAAACUUCGAGGUGGGCCAAUCACAAUGGUGCUAUCCUGACUUACCAGUUUUUCCAUAAUCUUCCGGUUGUUGUUGCUUAGACAAUUCUUAUAUAUGAAAGAGUAUAUGGGCCUCUGUUGAUUUUGACGAAAGUAUUGUGGGUGUUUGAUUAACUGAGCCACCUCCUCAUUGAAUUAGGGUGUGAAUGCUUGGGUUUGCCACAGACGCACCUUUUGAGGUAAUGAUCCUCAGGCAGAAUCAGUGUGAGACAAGGCUGGCCUUUUUUUUUGAUUAUAAGUACAGUCCAUACAACAAGCUUCCACACUUUCCAACUCAAUUCCACUUAGUUUGAGUCAACUUGAAUCAAGUAAACGACUCUUGCCCAAAAUGCCACAAAAUGGGAUUGAGACACAUAUUGUAUACAUUGUGUGUAUGAAUAUGAAUUGGUGUGUAAGUAGAUUCUAAAGCUUGUUUGGUUUCUGUAUGUGUGUGUGAGAGAAAGAUUAAUCCAUACAAAAUCGAAAUGUAUGUGCAUAGUAACUUGAAUAUAUAAAAAAUAAGCAAAAUAAAGUAAUCUUUAUGCUGUAAUAUUUUUUACUGUUAAACUGUUUGCUGCACAGAUCAAAGUGUAAAUAACCAAAAUUGGAAUAGAUUCUAUUUUUGUAGAUAGUAUGAAAAUGACUGGCAAUCCCUGGUCUGUCACCUGCAAAAUAGGGAAAUUAACAAACCUUAUUUUUGCCACAUACUCCACACACAUGCAUACACACACACUUUGGUACACAGUUAUUCAGAGUAAUUGACAGUGUAUAUAUACAUUCGUGUGUGUUUAUGUGUGCAUAUGUCCAUGCACACACACACACACAUUUAUUUUAAUCUCAUUUGGAGACUUGCCUUGUUAAUUAUGUUUCUCAUCAUUGAGCUUCAAAUCUUUUUGACUUGCCUUAAAUUUAAAAUAGAUUCACGUGUUUACAAAAUAAUAUGCCACAAACAACCCUGUGUUGAAUUAUACUAUAAACAAAGUACUAGUUGUAUUAGUUUGUGGUUAUUCUACAAAGGAACGAUGUGGUUGAAUGUGUGUGUUUGUGUGUGUGUGAGCCUGUAAGUAGUAGUCUCUCAUUUGAGUAUUUUUGCUUAUAAUUUGAAAUUUGAUUGAUUUUAAAAAGCAAUGUUUUUCUUGUGGGAUUCUCCUCCUCCUUCAAAGUGCAACUUCAAAUUAAUUAUAGCAAAAAAAUUUUAUGUAUUAACGAUUGUCUCUUCUACAAAAUCUUUCAGCUAGAAUACUUUGUUCAAUAUAGCUGGAAAAGUACAGGAACUUCAUUGAAGUUGUGUUGUUUUCUAAAGAAUUAUUAUUCUUACUAUAGAAUAUGCAAUAAAUUGUAUUUAUACUAAAUAUAUAUAUAAUAUGUUUGUGUGUGCGUGUGUGAGAUUAAGCACAUGGUUGUUAUAUUCUUGCUGGCCAUUCCGUGAUAUUCUAUGUAGGGAACUCAAGUAAUGUAGUAAUUCUUGGGAAUAUUUAGAUGUUUAGAUGUGUGAUGACUUCGUUCUGCAAGAUAACUGAGCAGUAAUGUUAAUUUUUCAACAUUGCUGAAACACCUAUUUAAAUUAUAUAUAUAUAUAUGUAUAUAUAUGUAUAUAUAUAUAUAGGCACCUCUGUAAAUAUUGGAUUGCUGUGUAAAUAUUGUACAUUUUUCUAUGGGGUCUAAUUUAUUAUGUUGCUGUGUUCCUCACCCCUUAUGCUUAUCAAAUGUGUUUGUCUACUCAUCAACUUCUUGAUCUCAUUUGUUUGUUUUCCUUUUCAAUU